CAAGCAAAAUCUUGGGUUUUGGGAGUGAGCAACUCUGUAAAAAGGAAAAGGAAAAGGAAAGAAAGAAGAAACUCCAUUUUCUUGAUUCCUUUUUUUCCUUGUUGGUGUCUGUGCAAAAGGAUUAAUCUUUUGGGCCUAGAACUCAGUUUUCUGCACGCGGCCCUCAUUUAUUUCUCUCACAUUUCUUAACCACUGCAUCUUUAUUCCAAAGAAUGAGUUGAGCCUUUGUCAAAGCUAUACGGAGAGAUGCUCACUGUCUACCGCUUUGGUGGUUGAGAUUCAUCUCAUACUAUUUCCCGUUGCAGGUGCUUCCGGACUCCGUGGGCUCUGCCGCCGACCAAGGAAACAGCCUCCACUCUGGCUCUCUUCCCAUCCCAUUUAUUUAAUAGCUCUGAAUCUUCAUUAAACCCCCAUUCUCUAUUCUCUCUCUACAAACUAGUUUAAAACUUGCUUCUUGCUUGGUUGGUUGUCAAGAUUCGGUCAUACCAAGCAUAUAUCCUUUCGCUUCUUUUAGAUCCCAUCACUUUUUUCCCCUCUGGAACUUCAAGAAAUUGGCCAUAUUGAGAAAACUGGUCCCCACACCUUGGCCUUCUACAUUUUGCCAUUUCCAGGCCUUCUUUCCUCGAUCCGGGCCCUGUCUGAUGCUCGAUUGUCAACUGGCCUAGUGCAUUCUGCUGUGUUCAGUUGAGUAGUGUAGAAGCAUUGUGCUGUUUUCCCUCCUUUUUUCUGUGGGAUAAGAUCUUCGAGUCUAGCACAAUGAAGUUUAUGAAGCUUGGAUCCAAGCCUGAUACGUUUCAGACCGAUGGAAACUGCGUCAGAUAUGUGGCUAGUGACUUGGCUACGGACGUUAUUAUUCAUGUUGGCGAUGUUAAGUUCUACCUUCACAAGUUUCCUCUCCUUUCUAAAUGUGCACGGUUACAAAAGUUGGUUUCUUCGGGUAACGAAGGAAAUGGAGAUGAGGUCAAGAUCGAUGACCUUCCAGGCGGCGCAAGCGCCUUUGAAGUUUGUGCCAAGUUCUGUUACGGGAUGACAGUAACCCUAAAUGCUUAUAAUGUUGUCACAAGCCGUUGUGCUGCUGAGUAUCUCGAGAUGCACGAGACGGUAGAGAAAGGUAACCUCGUCUACAAGGUCGAUGUUUUCCUCAACUCUGUGAUUUUCAGGAGUUGGAAGGACUCCAUCAUAGUAGUUCAGAACACAAAAUCUUCUUUGCCGUUGCCCGAGGAAGUUAAGAUAAUCAGCCAGUGCAUCGAUGCUAUCGCUUCCAAGGCGUCGCUUCAUGUCUCUAAGGUGGAUUGGUCCUACACAUACAACCGGAAGAAGAUUGCUGAGGAAAACGGGAAUGACCCCAGCUGGAACGGCCUCAGAAACCGAACAGUUCCAAAUGACUGGUGGGUCGAGGACUUGUGCGAGCUCGACAUAGAUUUGUUCAAGCGCAUCAUCAUGACUAUUAAGAACAAACAAGCGGUAUCUAGUGAGGUGAUCGGAGAGGCUUUAAAAGCAUAUGCUUACAGUAAACUACCCGGCUCCGGCAAGAAUGUCAUCCAACAGAAUGAUCUGGUUAAGUAUCGCAACAUCUUGGACACCAUUGUGUGGCUGUUGCCCGCGGAGAAGGGAAGCGUCUCAUGCAGUUUCUUGCUCAAGCUGUUGAAAGCGUCCAUCUCUGCUGAUUCGGGAGAAACGGUGAAGAUGGAGCUGGCGAAAAGGAUAGGGCGUCAGUUGGAAGAGGCUUCCGCGAGCGAUCUGUUGAUCCAAGCUUGUGAUGGAGAAGAGACAAUGUACGACGUUCACGUGGUCAAAAAAAUACUUGAGGAAUUCGUCACGCAAGACGAGAACUCAGUGGCCGAGAUGGAAAAUGGUUGCGAGAUUCAAGAGAUGAUAAGGCCUGGGAUUCUCUCCGAAGCCUCGAAGCUGAUGGUGGCAAAGCUCGUUGAUGGCUACCUUGUUGAGAUUGCAAAGGAUCCUAACCUACCAUUUGCUACGUUCACCGGGAUUGCAGAGAUCGUCUCGAGCUAUCCACGACCAUCCCACGAUGCUCUGUAUCGUGCCAUUGAUACAUAUCUCAAGGUGCAUCCCGGGAUCAGUAAGAGUGAGCGGAAGAAGCUAUGCCGGUUGAUGGACUGCAAGAAGCUGUCCGCAGAGGCGUGCAUGCACGCUGUGCAGAAUGAGAGGCUCCCUCUACGCGUGGUGGUGCAGGUGCUCUUCUUCGAGCAAGUACGGGCUUCUGCUUCCUCCGGGAGUAGCACCCCUGACCUUCCCAAAGCCAUCAAGGACCUCAACUGUGGCUCCUACGGCAGCUCAAGGUCGCAGACUACUAACACCGACGAGGACUGGGACGCUGUUGCUUCGUCGGAGGAGCUCAGAGCGCUGAGAGGCGAGCUGGCUGCGCUGAGGUUGGGCAACGGAGCGAUGCAGGAGAGGAGCAAUGGCGCUGUGGAGAGCAAGAUGAUCAGCAAUUCGGACAGGGCUGCCAUUAGUAAGAUGAAGGGCCUGAUCAUGUCGAAGAGGAUCUUCUCGAAGAUUUGGUCGAACAAGGUGGAGAACAGUGGGUCGGAUUCAUCGGAGAGUCUUGGAUCGGCCAACCACGAUGAGGUGAAGUCGACGCCGACGAGGAAAGGGAGGCAUUCUGUUUCUUAGAGAGGAAAGAUCUGAUUUUACUUCACUUUUUUUGUGGUUUUAGCAUGUUACUAGAUUAGUUUGGGCUCUGUUUAAGGGGAGAAUUAGCAUAUUGUAGUCUAAGUCUUGUGUUCUCAACAAAACAAGUUAGAAACUCGUGUUUUUUACAACAAAUUCAUGUAAAAAUUUCUUCGUUUGCA